AUGGGUCUCCCCAUCAAACUAGGCGUCCCCCAAAGCCAGCACCAGCAAACGGGACACACGGGCCAAGUCACCGGCGCCGGCGCAAACACGGGAGCCGGCACGACCCGCUCCAAGACGGAAGCCGAGCUCGAGGCCGACCGGCUCUACGAAGAGGCCAUGGAGGAGGAAUACGCCAAGAGAGACGGCGGCUCAUAG